GGUCAAUCACAACCAAAUGGCAAGCCAUUCAUAGCAGUUAUCUUAUAUGUAUUGAAUCCAAAGGCUAUAACAAUGGGUCAACUGUAUGGCGAAUACGAUCCCAACACACACGAAUGGACAGACGGAAUAUUGCCAACUUUAAUACGAACAGAUAUAACAGCAGCGGAUCAUGAUAAACAUUGGUACAUUUUUGAUGGACCGGUCGAUGCAGAUUGGAUUGAGAAUAUGAACAGCGUUCUGGACGAUAACAAAAAACUUUGUCUUACGUCAGGGGAGAUAAUAAAGCUAUUACCAACUCAAACCAUGAUGUUUGAAGUAUCGGAUCUUCGAGUGGCUUCUCCGGCUACAAUAUCUAGAUGCGGUAUGGUAUACAUAGAACCGGAGAAUUUGGGUCUGCAACCUUUAAUCGAUUGUUGGUUACGAUCGUUGCCAAAGACGAUGAGCGAUUACAUCGAGGAAAUAACAGAUUUAACAGCUCAACUAGUGCUUCCUGGUCUGAAGAUAGUACGGGAAAAUUUACGAGAAAUCAUACAUACGGUAGAUUCCGCCAUUGUUCAAUCUUACAUUAAUCUAAUGAACUUCAGAAUCGGACCGAUGGCCGGCCGUGAAGGAAAAGCGCCACCAAGUUUUGCUUUCCAAAGGGCUAUACCAAAUUUACUGUCGCCAUGGAUAGCUUUUGCUGUCGUUUGGGGAUUAGGUGCUAUUUGCGACUACAAAAGUAGACCUAUAUUCAGUGAUUGGCUGAAAAAAAUACAAAAAGAUGCUCAACAUAAAACACCGUUUCCAGAAGAUGGCCUUGUAUUCGAUUACAAGUUGCACGAUGGCGGAUUUACCGAUCCUAUCGAAGGUCAAGAACCAAUUCCACCGAAGUGGUACAAGUGGCUGGAUGGAAUUCCACUCAUCAGUAUAAUGCCAGAAACAAAAUACGCCGAUAUCGAAGUUCCAACUAAGGACAAUGUGCGAAGCGCCGCAUUAAUCGGAUAUCUUCUCAUUAAUGAGACAAAUAUACUCUGCGUGGGUCCAACCGGAAGCGGCAAAACUCUGACGGUUUCGGCGAAAUUAUCACGUAAUAUGCCGAAGAAAUAUAUUUGCGACUUCGUGACUUUCUCGGCGCGAAUCACGGCAAAUCAGACACAAGAUUUAAUUGACGCGAAAUUGGACAAGAGACGUAAAGGCAUUUAUGGGCCGCCGAUCCUGAAAAAGCAAAUUUUUUUCAUCGACGACUUGAAUAUGGCAGCGCUGGAUGCGUACGGCUCUCAACCACCAAUUGAAUUAAUCCGCCAGUUUAUGGAUUCAAAGGGAUGGUAUGAUAGAAAAGAGAUCGGAUCCUUCAGACUGAUCGAGGACGUAAAUUUUGUCGCAGCUAUGGGACUUCCCGGAGGUGGAAGAAACCCUAUAACUGCCAGACUUAUUCGACAUUUCCAUAUUAUUGCAUUUCCAGAGAUCGACGACGACGCCAAAUCGCACAUCUUUAAAACAAUUCUUAACACGUGGCUGUCAAAUACACCAAAACUUGGAAAUAUGCUGGAUGAUAUAGUGGACGCUACUUUAAAAGUUUUCGCAAUUACAUGCAGCCAAAUGUUGCCAACUCCCAAUAAAUCCCAUUAUACUUUUAAUCUUCGCGAUUUGAGUAAGGUGUUCCAAGGUGUACUUAUGGCAGACGCAACGAAAAUGCUAAUGGAAAAAAUUUUACUUGAUUUCUUGGAAGAUUAUAAUAACUCAAUGAUGUCACCGAUGCAAUUAAUAUUAUUUGAAGAUGCAAUGAGUCAAAUUUGUAGAAUCAUGCGGAUUCUUCGACAACCUAGAGGAAAUGCUUUAUUACUAGGAAUGGGUGGUUCAGGACGUCAUAGUCUGACGAAGCUUGCAUCGCACAUCCAAGAAUACAACUGUUUCCAAAUCGGAACCAACAAAGCUUAUACGAUUCAUGACUGGCGAGAAGAUAUCAAAAAUUUAAUGCUAAAGACGGGAUUGCGGAAUCAACCUGUUGUCUUUCUGUUUUCUGAUGUACAGAUAAAAAAUGAAUUUAUGCUGGAGGAUUUGAAUAAUAUUUUGAAUAUUGGCGAUGUUCCGAGUAUAUAUCAAACUGAUGAAGUAGACAAAAUUUAUCAAGCAAUGCGAGCGCCUGUACAAGAGGCUGGGCUACAAAUCAAUAGAAGUAAUCUUUUUUCCGCCUAUCUGAAGAGAGUCAGAAACAACUUGCACAUUAUCAUCACAAUGAGCCCGAUUGGAGAUAUAUUUCGCGCUCGCAUCAGACAAUUCCCGGCGCUAGUAAAUUGCUGUUCAAUUGAUUGGUUUUGCCCCUGGCCGGAUACCGCACUUCAGAGCAUAGCGACGCAUCUUCUGUCGGGUAUCAAAGACAAAUCGAUCACGGAUAAAACUUUGCGCUCUAUCGUAAGGAUAUGUCAGUACAUGCAUUCCAGCGUGAUCGACGCCAGUGAUCGUUUCUUGAAAGAGUUGGAACGUCAUAAUUAUGUCAUUCCUACGUCGUAUUUGGAAUUGCUGUCCAUUUAUGGCGACCUUCUGAAAAACAAGAAAGACGAAUUAAAUUCUUCGAUGACUCAUUUAUCCACCGGAUUGAGCAAAUUGGCGGAUACAGAAGCAGAAGUUAAAAAUAUGCAGGAGCUAUUAAAACGUAUGAAACCUGAGAUAGAAAAAGCAGCGAAAGCUACAGUAGAAAUGAUACAAGAAAUUACUCAAGACACGAUUGAUGCAGAAAAAGCCAAGGUAGUAGCGGUGCAACAAGAAGCAGUGGCAUCAAAAAUGAAGGAAGAAAAUAAAGCGAUUAGAGAUGAAGCGGAGACUGAUUUAAAUGAAGUAAAACCAUUGCUCGAGGCUGCUGAGGCUAGCUUGAAAGCAUUGAAUAAAAAUGAUAUUACGGAAGUAAAAGCGAUGAAAAGACCGCCAGUAGGGGUGCUUUUAGUGAUCGAAGCAAUGUGCAUUGUGAACAACGUAAAACCACAUAAGCUUCCUGGGAAACUUCCCGGCGAAAAGAUAUUAGAUUACUGGACCCCUGGAAGUCAGAUGCUAGCAGACCCAGUUCAUUUUUUGUACACAAUGGAACAUUUUAGGAAGGAAGAUAUUACGGAGGAAAUGAUAAAUAAACUCAAGGAUUAUAUAGAAAAUCCAAACUUUGAACCAGCCAAGGUACUUCAAGUCUCAAAGGCUUGUCAUUCUUUGUGCUUAUGGAUUCACGCAAUGUACAACUAUUACUUCGUAAAUAAGAAAGUAGAGCCCAAAAUGGCAACUUUGGCGAAAGCCGAGGAGAUCUUGGUUAAAACCGAAAGAGACCUUGUAGCCGCUAUGGCGAGACUGCAGGAGAUAGAGGAAGGUAUCGAGAAAUUGCAAGAUCAAUUGAGGGAGAAAGAGGCGAAAAAGGCCGACUUAGAAAGACAGAAACAGCUAUGUGAGGAACGAAUGGCACGUGCUGUGAGACUGAUUGUGGGUCUGUCAGACGAACAGAAGCGAUGGAUCAUCAUGGUAGAUGAUAUAAAAGUGUCCUUAAAGAAUGCUGUUGGUGACAUACUCCUGUCGUCAGGUGCGAUAGCGUAUUUGACGCCCUUUACGGACACCUACCGCCAGGAACUCCUGGCAAUCUGGUACAAUGCUCUCGGCGAUGACGUGCCUCACACUCCGGGCAGCAAGCCGGUAUUGACACUUGGCAAUCAGGUGGAGAUAAGAAAUUGGCACAUUAAUGGCUUACCGAGAGAUGCCCUAUCCGUGGAAAACGCGGUACUCGUGAUGAAUUCAAAGCGAUGGCCUCUUUUCAUUGACCCUCAAUCGCAGGCAAAUAAAUGGAUACGUAAUAUGUACAAGCCAAUCGGACUUGUAAUAGCAAAAAUAACAGAUAAGAAUCUAUUACGCAUCAUUGAAAAUUCCGUACGUAUUGGAAAACCUUGUUUAAUCGAAAACGUCGGUACCGAAUUGGAGGCUGCCCUAGAUCCGAUUCUUAUGCGUUCAUUAUUCACGCAUGCCGGACAAUUGAGUAUUAAAAUUGGCGAAAAUAUCGUACCUUAUAACUUCGAUUUUCGUCUUUAUCUAACUACGAGAUUAUCAAAUCCGCAUUAUACUCCGGAAAUAGCGGUAAAAGUGCUAAUAGUCAACUUUGCGCUAACUAUUAGUGCUCUUGUCGGUCAGAUGCUCUCUCUAGUCACAAUACAAGAACGUCCUGAUCUCGAACAGGAAAGAAACACGCUUAUUGUGUCAAGUGCUGAAAUGAAACGUGAUCUAGGUGCGAUCGAAGAUAAAAUUCUUCACAGACUCGCAAUAUCUGAAGAAUCAAUAGUUGACGAUAUUGACCUAAUUCUUACCUUGGAGGCUUCCAAAACCAAGAGUGAAGAAAUCAAGAUAAAAAUGAAAAAUGCCGAACUUACGCAAACAAAUAUCGAUUUAACAAGAUCAUUAUACAUGCCAGUAGCAAAUCGGGCACAGAUACUAUUUUUCUGUAUUGUUGAUCUUCAGCGUAUCAAUAUCAUGUAUCAAUAUUCUCUGGAAUGGUUUAUCAUUAUAUUGAACAAUAGCAUAUUAAAUACCGAAAAAAAUAAAGAUAUCAAUAAACGAAUCGCAAACAUCACUGAGAAUUUCACGUUCGCGCUCUUUUCGAAUGUAUGUCGCAGUUUAUUCGAAAGACACAAAAUGCACUUCGCUUUUCUCGUUUGCGGACGUAUUCUCUUGGACGAUAAAAGAAUCGAUCCGAAAGAGUGGCGACAUUUUCUUACUACGACCGCACCAAUACGGGAAUUGCCAAAUCCCGCUCCAGAAUGGAUUACUCCAAGAUGUUGGAGGGAGAUUCAAGCUCUAGAGAGACUUUCAAAGUUUGACAAAUUUGUCACAUCUUUCCAAUUUUCUUUAACCCAAUUUAAACACAUAUUCGAUACUCAGGAAGCGCAUUUAGCACCAUUUCCCGAACCAUGGGAGACAAAACUCGACAAUUUUGAAAAAUUACUGAUACUCAAAUGUCUAAGGCCCGAUAAACUUAUCAACGCUAUACAAAUCUAUCUGACGAAGACGAUUGGUCGACAAUUUGUCGAACCGCAGGUAACGGAAUUGUCGACGAUUUAUGAGGAGUCAUUCAACAGCACGCCGAUUGUCUUUAUCUUAUCGCCCGGGACAGAUCCGGCCACGGAGUUAUAUAAGUUUGCCGACAAGCUAGAGAUGAGCAAAAAAUUGUAUUCGAUAUCUCUUGGCCAGGGUCAAGGACCCAUGGCACAGGCCAUGCUGAAGCAAUCAACGCAGAACGGCACGUGGGCCUUUUUUCAAAAUUGUCACUUAGCACCAAGUUGGAUGCCGCAACUCGAAUCUCUCGCUGAAACAUUAUCACAGGAAAAUAUUCACCGAGAUUUUCGAUUGUGGUUGACAUCCGCACCCUCUCCCGAUUUUCCCAUCAAUAUUCUUCAAAACAGCAGCAAAAUGACGAUAGAACCACCGCGAGGUAUAAAGGCUAAUAUACUUCGCGCGUAUCUGACACAAGUGACAGAACUGCAAGAGCUUCUGGAAUUUGAUUAUCCGAAAGCUCCUCUACUUAAAUGGCUUAUAUUCUCACUUUGUAUGUUCCACUCCGUAUUACUCGAAAGACGAAAAUUCGGCCCCCUUGGCUUUAAUAUACCUUAUGAAUUUACAAGCGGAGAUUUAGCUAUAUGCUUGUCGCAACUACACAUGUUCCUUAUGGAAUAUGAUACUUUGCCAUUUAAGGUUCUCAUAUAUACUACUGGACAUAUUAAUUACGGUGGACGAAUAACAGAUGAUUGGGAUCGUCGAUGUGUUUUGACACUUCUCGAAGAUUACUAUAAUGCCAAUGUUGUCUCACCAGAUUAUCAAUUUGACGAACAAAACAUAUACCAUCAGCUACCAGCUGCAGCGUCAUUCAACGAUUAUCUAGAGUAUAUAAAGGGUCUUCCUUUAAACGACAACCCGUCACUGUUUGGCAUGCAUUCAAACGCCGAUAUAACAUGCGCUCAAAUAGAAGCGUAUACCUGCCUUGCAACUUUAUUAAUCAUGCAACCCAGAGAAAUUAGUAUUGUAGCUGCAAGUAUCGAGGAAGAAACAAUCCAAAUAAUUAACGGCAUGUUGGCCACGAUGCCAAAACUAUUUGAUUUAGUCGCAAUGGAAACGAGAUAUCCUAUAUCAUACGAAGAAUCUUUUAAUACUGUAUUACUACAAGAAGCCAAACGGUACAACGACUUACUUGAAAUCAUGCAAACAACGUUGCAAAAUCUUUUGAAGGCUUUAAAAGGUUUAAUCGUUAUGUCGGAGCAGCUCGAAAUGAUAGCUAUCAGUUUUCUUAACAAUAAAAUACCUGCGUAUUGGCAAAGCAAGAGUUACCCUUCUAUCAAAUCUUUAGCCGCAUGGUUCCUCGAUUUAAAGGACAGGAUUAAAUUUAUAAGCGAUUGGCGAGAUCGCGGUAUACCUUCUGCAUUUUGGAUAUCAGGUUUCUAUUUUCCCCAAGCCUUUCUAACUGGCACGUUACAAAACUUCGCACGCAAACACAGAGUAUCCAUUGACACAAUCGAUUUUAGCUACAAGAUUUUAACUUCCAAACCAAUGCGAAGACCAUUGAACGGUUGUGUUAUUUUUGGUCUUUUCCUGGAAGGUUGUCGAUGGAAUGGAAAUUAUCUUGUAGAAUCUUUACCGAAGGAAUUAUUUACUGAUAUGCCGCCAAUUCUUCUGUUACCAGAAAUUAAUCAUAUAAUUCCAUCGCAUGGAAUUUAUAUAUGUCCUGUAUAUAAAACUAUUGAACGCUCUGGAACUUUAACAACAACGGGACAUUCCACAAAUUUCGUUCUAGCAAUGGCUGACAAACCGCAAUCGUAUUGGAUAAAAAGAGGAGUGGCAUUGAUAUGUGCCUUAGACUAUUAGCAUUUCUUUGUCCAUUGUAUGCCAUACAAUUUAUGACUUGUGAUUAUAUGAAUGACAAAAAAUAUACGUAUUAUUGAUUUUGUAAUCAAUAAAUGUAUCAAAUAAAUUUUUUAUCGUAAAAUAGAGUAUUUCACAGAUAAAACAUAGGGAACACAUUUCAAACCUUAUUAUUAUUCUAUUCAGAAGUAUAUAGUAUACAUAGCAAAGUUUAAUUAAGUUCGCUAUUACUUCAUAAAUCGUAGAGUAAUUAUAAACUUGUUCCCACACUAUUAUAAUAGCUAAUAAUAGGUUGCCGUAUGCAUGUAAAUGUGUGUACAUACACGAAUCACAUUAGCAGUUUGUCUCUCUGCUAAUAUCUUAUAAAAUAAAUUAUUUACAUUUCAAUAUCUAAUUACUUAUAAUAUAUUAGACAU